UUGCCUAUGAAAACACGGCCGCGCAGGAGUUGGCCAGCCGACGCUGCCAACCGGAGACAUCGCCAAACACGACGGGCCUCCGCCUCCCGCUGCACAGAUUUCUCCGCCUCAACCUCCAUUCAUUCAGGCUACGCGUACGUACGUGAUGGGGCGAAAGAGGAGCGCUUCCAAGAAGGCGAAAAUCAGCGCCGAAACUCCAGACAGCACGAUGGCGCCGCAGGAAGAGUUAGAGACGAGCAAUGUUUUCUCCCACGACAUGGACACGCUUGAAUGUGAAAUCUGCUCCCUGCCUUUUGAUUCGCAGAUUUUCAUGGCAAGUGUCCCAAAAACUGCAAGAACGGGCAUGCGGCGUGCGGCAACUGCUGCAUCGGCAUGACCGCAAGUGCUCCUGCUGCCACGAGCGCAUCGGCGACAUCCGUUGCCGGGCGAUGGAGAAGGUCCUCGCCGGCAUGGCCAGGCCAUGCAAGUUCAGCAGGCACGGCUGCGAGGAGACGGUCAAGUUCACGGAGCUGCGGAGCCACGAGGAGGAGGCGUGCCCAUACGCGCCCUACAGCUGCCCGUUCGACGGCUGCGCCUACCGCGGCGCCCUGCUCUACGACCACGUCCGCGACGAGCACGCGCUGGCGCCGGCGCCCAACUGUGACACAGGCGGCCUGCUCCGGGGCGCGAGCGUCACUCUGCGGCGGGACGAGCCUGCUGUCCACGCGCUCCUUCACGGCGACAGGGUGAGCGUGAUCCUCCUGCUCAACGGCGGCGACGUCCUGGCUGGGCGCUCGCUGUCGCUGGUCCGCAUCUGCCCACAUCCCAAGCCCGGCCAAGAAGACGAGGAAGUUGAGUACAGGAUGGUGGUGACGCGCGACGAGCCUGAGCCUGGGACUGGGUCGCCCUCGCUGGCGGCGUCGGGGAAAGUGCAGUACGUCCGCCGGCUGGAGGGGUACCGGCCCCGACACUUCCUAUUCGUGCCGGACGCUUUCUGGGGCUCUUCCGGCAGCGUCGUCGUCACCGUCACCACUACCGUCACCGUGCAUCUCUGAUCCACGCCGACGCGUGUGUGUUGUGCUCUGCUCUCUGAAGUGAACUUGGAGGCUGAAGCUGCUUAAUCCCUGUAUCCUGCUGGGUGGAUCUGUAGUGUAUUCUGUAGUGGUGUUGGUGCUGCCGGUGUGAGGUCCAACUACGUAGUUGCAAGUAGCAGUAUGUUAGUAGGUCCGGUUCUGCUAACAGCCGAAUCCCUGUAUCCUGGUGGGUGGAUCUUUUGUUUUUGGGCGCGCCAGGGAUCAUCAGGCAGAGGCAGGGUGGUGUAGUACUCGAAGAGUCUGUAGCUGUAUACAGUACAUAUGUAAGUAUGUUCCAUGGUGGGAUCGUGUAUGUAUCAACGUAUGUAUGACUCGGCGGUA